CCAGCCCGAGCCCUACUUAAAGAACACAAACUCUCAGUCAGAAAAACACUCUCUCUUUCUCUCACACACUAAAGAUAACGAAUCUACUAAAACACUCUCCCUACUUUCUGUCUCUGUGGAACCCAUCUGAAGAUCAGGAUGCUUUGCUGUAGAGUGUGUGUCCUGGCUGUGCUGUUAUCUCUCCUCAUCCUCACACCCAUCCCCUCCACACAAUCAGCAGAUUGCUGUCUGAAGUACACUCGGCGUCCAGUGCCAUGCCGACGGCUGAAAGACUACACUUACCAGACCAUUACCUCUUCCUGUGACAUCCAUGCUGUCGUCUUCCACACCCGGAGGGACAAGUUUGUGUGUGCCGACCCCUCUCAAGACUGGACCAAGAGAGUACAACGCUGUCUGCUCAAGCGUCAGGAGAGGAAAUCUAAACUGAAGAAAAUUCUCUGAUCUCAAGACCUCAUGACCUGGAGAUGAUUUAUGUGUGUGUGUUAUUAACCCUAUUUAUGCUUUACAAACAGCUAAAUAUCUCAAUAUGCAUAGAGACACUGUUUCAGGAUGGUUUGUUUUUUAACCUGAGUUUUCUGUAUUCAUACAAAUCAUUUAAUAUCUGUGGUUAUUAUUGUUCAUCAUAUCUGUAUUGAUUCUGAAGGUGUUUGAGUUUCAUAUACAUUUGUGUGUAACUCUAUGUAUCAAUGUUGUUGGUCUGUUUCAUAAACAGCAAGUGCAGUAUUCCUGAUAAACAUGAAAACAUCUGUUUUCACAGAGUACCACAAAAUA